GCGAAAUGCAUAUACCCUCCUUGUGGAGAUCGGCCGUGCAUUCAUACGCUUCUGUGGCAGCCAGAAAGAGGCAAUACUUCAAUACCUGGAACUGAUCUAUGCAGGAUUCACUGGAUCGGUAACAAUGAUCAGCUGCACUGUCCUGGCUCUGACUCGGCUUGUUUAUGAGUUUAAAGAUUCCUUGGAGCGCUCAGUUAUUGAACCGUUGCUUCGGAAUGUGUGUCUCCUGCUCAGCUCCAGAACACGAGAGGUGGUGAAGACAGCCCUCAGCUUUAUUAAAGUUAUUUUAUUUAUAAUGGAUGUUAAAAUGCUGGCGUCCCACAUGCCUCUAUUGAUGGAGGGAAUUGGAAACAUUAAAGAAGACAUGAGGCGGCAUUUCCGGACAAAACUAAAGAAUAUUUUCACCAAAUUCAUCCGCAAGUUUGGGUUUGAGUUGGUGAAAAACAUGCUUCCAGAGGAGUACCAUAAAGUGCUGGUUAAUAUCCGCAAGGUAGAAGCCAGGAACAAACAGAGGAAAAUCUUGAAGCAUGAUGCUGAUUCCGAGUCGGAGAAUGAGGAGGAUAUGUCAAAACCCAAAGGGGACAGUAUUGAAGACAUCCUGGCUGAUUCUGAGGAUGAGGAUGAGGAAGAGAAGAAGGGACGGGGAAGGAAGAAGCAGCCUGGACAGAAGGGAAGGGCGUGGCUAAAGGAGGGAGAGGGUGAUGAGCCGCUGAAUUUCCUGGAUCCCAUGGUUUCCCAGAGGGUUCUUGCCACAAAUCCAGAUGUAAAGAAGAACACAAAGGUCCGUCAUGAUUUCAAGUUGACUUCGGAUGGGCGUUUGAUUAUCCGCGAGGAAGCAGAUGACGACGAGAAAUCUAAAGGUGCAAAGGAGGAAAUGGAAGACAUACUGGAGGAAGCUGGUGUUAAGAGUGUGAGUGUGUUUAUUUUUAUUCCCCCCCCAUCCCCAAGAUGCAGAUAGUGAAAUUGUUGACUUAAUCCAGACGUUUACAUAACAGCAUAUUUUUUUUUUUUUUUU